AUGAUUCACAAUGUAUACAACGCGGCAUCUCCAUUGUCGCCUUCACAGUCUCCCACCACCUCCGAAGCCUGGACCCCGGCUCGGAGACCCAGCCUCGAACCUGAACGGGAGAUCCUAUCAACACGGGGCCAUAGCCUCCCAAAACUACUUCGCGAGCGAUCGCUUUCACUCCCGCCUGCUACUGCUCGGGAUGAGUACGUCAUUGAGCAUGGAGAUGGGGCGCCGUUCCGGAAUAGACGUGAAAGUCUUCCAGUCUCUCUCAGAGGAAUGGUCUUGAUCGGAGCAAGUAAUCCGAUGUACCAAUGGCAUCGCUAUUAUAAAAGUCCCGAGGAGCUGAAAAGCAUGAAGAAACACCUGCGGAAAUACUACCAACGCACCAAUGAGCUCGUGUCACAGUAUCUAUACAUCGAUCAACUGCUGGACUCAUCGCUGCCACACCAAUUGAUAGAUGAAUACAGUCAUGACCACGAUAUAGUCGCCCACCUCUGGACCAGGGGCCGAGAGCAGAAUGGUGAGGGUCCACCUGCAGACACCUCAAGCCGGAAGAUCAAAAGGACUCCACGUAACCUAUACCGUAUUCCAAACGAACGGUCACCGUUGCUACAGCCAACGAUCGAGGAGGACACCCCGUUUCCCGAAAUCCCUUCCCCCCAUGCUGCUGAGCAUGUCCACAGCGGCGAUCGCAUUGUCACCGUCGCCAUCUAUAUCAACUUGCUCGCCAAUGUGUUUUUGUUGGGUGCCAAAAUUGCCGUCAUGAGUUUGACGAGUUCCAUGUCCGUGUUGGCCAGUUUGGUGGACGGCGCAUUAGACUUUCUGAGUACGGUUAUCGUGUGGACGACAACCAAGCUUGCGCAGCGUCAGGACCGGUACCGAUACCCCAUCAGUCGACGGCGGCUGGAGCCUCUCAGUAUCCUAGUGUUUGCGGUAGUGAUGGCGACCUCGUUUGUGCAGGUGGCCAUCACCUCGUUGGGGCGGCUGCUAGGCCCAGACCACAAACUGGUGCAACUCUCGCUACCAGCAAUCUUCAUGAUGGCUAGCACUGUUGUGGUAAAACUUCUCUGUUGGUUUUGGUGCCGAUUGAUCAAGAAUACUGGUGUUCAGGCCCUAGCGCAGGACGCCAUGACGGACGUGAUCUUCAACUUUUUCAGUAUUCUCUUCCCAUUGGGUGAGUCGUAUAUCUCUAGAUGUGGCCGACGCGAGCUGACAGAUAAAUCAGUGGGCUUUUUUGCCAAUUGGUGGUUCUUGGACCCGCUUGGUGGUCUCCUGCUCUCCGUCUACAUCAUCUGGAACUGGAGCGGGACCGCCGCCACGCAUAUCCGCCAUCUCACCGGCGCCGCUGCCUCACCCACUGAUCACAGCGUCCUCCUGUACAUGACCAUGCGGUUCUCUAAAAUCAUCACCAAAAUCCAAGAUUUGAAGGCCUAUUACGCGGGGGAUCACCUCAAUGUCGAAGUGGACAUUGUUGUAGAUGAGCGGACGAGCUUGCGCGAUGCUCAUGACGUCGGUGAGAGCUUACAGUACAUGCUGGAAAGCGUGCCGACUGUCGACCGUGCGUUUGUGCAUCUGGAUUAUGACCCGUGGAAUAUCCCAAGCCAUAUGAAUCAAUUGGAAGCAUAG